UGUCAAAACAAAAACUGCUGUGUCUAGUUAAAUGUCGAACGUGAAAUCAAGGAACGUAGUAAGCGAACCUGAAAUUACAGAUAGUCGCAUGCUGGACAGUAUUGGUUUGGUGAAAGAUGAUUUGUACAGAAUCUCACACCGCCAAUCACACGAAUUCUAAUCAUGAAUAUUUUGCGGGCAACAUUUCAGACGCCAGCGAUUGUGAAAAUGAAUAUGAAGGACACAGCAAUGACGGCGAGAACACACCUGCAGAAUUAUUUGUUCGCCUGACGGACAUGGUUCGUAAACAUUAUUGUGGUUACCUGGAGAAACAGUUGUUGGAGAAUGUGCAGGCUUGGCGCGCAAAUAUAUCGCAGAAUGAGGGGGAUGCAGACGAUAUCUUACAGCCCAAGGAACGAGCUGCUCUGCAAGAGUGUUGCCGCGUACUAGAAGAUAAAGCUUUGAAGGCUUGCAUGCAUGCACGACGUUACCAACGUAGUAUGUUAAAGAUAAUCGCUGAAGUUCGCCGCAGUACGCAAGAAUCCCGUUUGGAAGAUCAGUUAAAAAAACUAAUUACUAUUGAAAAGGGAUCUGAAAUUUCAACCAAAAAUGCGGGUAAUCAAAAAGCAACACAAACUGAUGAUAGUGUGUUUUGCGUUGAUGGUACUCCUAGAAUAUUAACCACUGAUAACCACAUCAAUAUUAGGGAUAGUCCCUGCAGUUUAUCGCUGGAACAGAAAAUUGAGAUGUUUCAAGAGCGCCUCCAUCAAGAGGCAGCAUUAAAGGUGUCGGCGACGCAUAAAGAAUGCUACACGAAGAAGUCACGACGUUCCUCACAUAACGCCUUCAACGACAAGCUACAUAUGCAUCAUCGCCAAAAACAUCGAGUACGCAGUUAUGACAGCAAAGUAUCAAAAUGUAUACAACUAUAUGAGAAAUAUAGCAAGACAUCUUUUCCCAAUACAACGCCAGUUUUGAUAAAGCAUGAUGCACCACUAGAAAAUACCAAUUUAAACUCUGUACCACCAAUAAGUAUUGAAAAUACAGAGCAAAAUCAGGCAGCUAAUAGUACGGUAGGAUUAAAUGUUUCCGUCGAGAACGAUGUAUUGGAGCAGGAUGAUGAGAUUGCUAAGGAACUUGCACAACUUUUCAGUGAGGAGAAGUCUGAAUUAGAGGAACUACUUGGGCUCAAUGUGAAUUCAGAAAUUGACGAUCCACAGGUACGCAGCGUAUUUGAGGAGAUUGAGAACACGCCACUAUCACAUAAACUUAAAAAAAAUACAUCUUCUGCUCUUGCUGAACAAGAGUUGUUUGUUUGCUCGACAGAGAAGCAACUAUGGCAGUCAUCUCCAUCUAAACUAAAUGAAGCAUCUCAAAUGUCGGCAUCGCCUAUUAUAAAUCUCCACGGUCAUACUACUUCGCAUCAACACCGCUUAUCCUCAGGUCAUAGUGAACGUCCAGUUUCAAAUUUGCGACACAGCUUAUGGCCAUGUGAACUGUAUAUGCAACGACGUCGUUUGACAGCUUCUUUGAGUCGCCUAAUUGAAGAGGAUUUUCGGUGGCAUGACAUAAUCAAAUGGAAAUUCCAAACACUAUUUGGUGAGGACAGUGAUGAUGAAUUUGCCACCUGCAGCCCAUCAAUUGAGUUAGACGAAAUACUAAUCUGCAGUUGCAUUCGUCGCAUCUCACCGUGGAUGGUGAAACACUUGAUGAAACCGAUGCAGGAUGGUCUAAUAGCUAAUCGUUUUCUAUUUAAAAAAUUGGCAAAAAAAUUAGCCCACGCGAUUGUGUUGGAAAAUCAGUAUCCAGAUGAACGCUUCAUAAAACACGCCGUAGAAGAGUACUUUUGCCUGCAUCAGGCUGUCAUCAGUCUGGAAGACAUGGCCGACAUGCCCAGUCUAAAUAUAAUAUAAUGAAUGAUAUUGUUUAAUUAUUUAGAUGUAAAGCAGCGCUGAAGUCAAAUUAUAGUAUGUAUAAAAAUCCUUAA